GUGCCUAUGUUGCAAACAGUUGGGAAAAUGCAUGGAAGCAACCAGAGUGGAGUCUCCGAGUUCCUGCUCCUGGGGAUCUCGGAGAGUCCUGAGCAGCAGCGGAUCCUAUUCUGGAUGUUCCUGUCCAUGUACCUGGUCACAGUGGUGGGAAAUGUGCUCAUCAUCCUGGCCAUCAGCUUUGAUCCCCGCUUGCACACUCCCAUGUACUUCUUCCUGGCCAACCUCUCCUUCACCGACCUCUUCUUCAUCACCAACACAAUCCCCAAGAUGCUGGUGAGCCUUCAGUCUCAGAACAAAGCCAUCUCCCAUGCAGGGUGUCUGACGCAGCUCUACUUCCUCGUCUCCUUGGUGGCCCUGGACAACCUCAUCCUGGCCACAAUGGCAUAUGACCGCUAUGUGGCCAUCUGCCGCCCCCUCCAUUACACCACGGCCAUGAGCCCUGGACUCUGCAUUUUGCUCCUCACCUUGUGUUGGGCACUUUCUGUCCUCUAUGGCCUCACCCACACCCUCCUCAUGACCAGGGUGACCUUCUGUGGUUCCCGGAAGAUCCACUACAUCUUCUGUGAGAUGUAUGUCCUGCUGAGGCUCGCGUGUUCUAACACCCAAGUCAAUCACACGGUGCUGAUUGCCACAGGAUCCUUCAUCUUCCUUGCCCCACUAGGAUUCAUGAUCAUGUCCUAUGUCUGCAUUGUCAGAGCCAUCCUCCGAAUACCCUCAGCCUCUAGUAAAUACAAAGCCUUCUCCACCUGUGCUUCACAUUUGGCUGUGGUCUCCCUCUUCUAUGGGACACUUUGUAUGGUAUAUCUGCAGCCUCUCCAAUCCUACUCCAUGAAGGACUCAGUAGCCACAGUGAUGUAUGCUGUGGUGACCCCCAUGAUGAACCCUUUCAUCUACAGCCUGAGGAACAAGGACAUGCAUGGGGCUCUGGGAAGACUGCUCCUAGGGAAAGCCUUCCAGAGGUUGACAUGA